CAUUUCCCUUUGUUAUUUUGUUUCCUCCUUUUACAUCGUUUAUAUCGUCUAAGUCUUUACUCUCUACUUCUCAACAACUUCACCUCACUCCUCUUUCUCUCCUCCAAUCUGCAACUGCAAUUUCAACUACUCCAAAUCCCAAGAAUUUUGAAUCCAAUUUGCGAGCUCAGAGUUCACAUUGCCAUUUUCUCUUACGGGAGAUUGAUCGGAAACUAUGGACGCAUUUAUGGUUUGCAAAUCUGUAACUGCACCAUCUACUACUACGCCUGGCUUAUGGAUGAACCAGACCAAGGGAAUCAGGACAGCUCCGUCUAGCUUGGCAUUAGGGAGCCGGGUUAACUUUCCUGGGCAGUCAACUCAGGUUCUUCGGAUAAACCGUAAAGCUAGAAAGUGUGGUGGAGCUCUUGGUGCAACUUGUCGCGGUGAUAAAAUUUUGGUAGCAAACAGAGGUGAGAUUGCUGUCCGUGUGAUUAGAACUGCUCAUGAGAUGGGCAUUCCAUGUGUCGCAGUCUACUCAACCAUAGACAAGGAUGCACUCCAUGUGAAAAUCGCAGAUGAAUCUGUUUGUAUUGGUGAAGCUCCAAGUAAUCAAUCAUAUUUGGUGAUUCCCAAUGUUCUAUCUGCUGCUGUGAGCCGUGGAUGCAGUAUGUUACAUCCUGGAUAUGGUUUUCUUGCCGAGAAUGCUGUUUUUGUCGAGAUGUGUAGAGAGCAUGGAAUAAAUUUUAUUGGACCGAAUCCAGACAGCAUCCGCGUCAUGGGUGACAAGGCAACUGCUAGAGAAACCAUGAAGAAGGCUGGUGUUCCAACUGUGCCUGGAAGUGAUGGGUUAUUACAGAGCACAGAAGAAGGAAUAAAGCUUGCUCAUGAAAUUGGUUUCCCUGUUAUGAUCAAGGCAACUGCAGGGGGUGGAGGCCGUGGAAUGCGUCUUGCUAAAGAGCCCGAUGAAUUCGUCAAGUUGCUGCAGCAAGCUAAGAGUGAGGCUGCAGCUGCAUUUGGAAAUGAUGGAGUUUAUUUGGAGAAGUACGUACAAAAUCCAAGGCAUAUUGAAUUUCAGGUUCUUGCAGAUAAAUAUGGAAAUGUUAUUCACUUUGGAGAGCGUGAUUGCAGUAUUCAGAGAAGAAACCAGAAGCUGCUUGAAGAAGCACCUUCUCCUGCACUGACUCCAGAGUUAAGGAAAGCCAUGGGUGAUGCUGCUGUGGCUGCUGCAGCAUCUAUUGGUUACAUUGGUGUAGGAACAGUGGAGUUUCUUUUGGAUGAAAGAGGUUCUUUCUACUUCAUGGAAAUGAACACCCGAAUCCAGGUUGAGCAUCCAGUGACAGAAAUGAUAUCUUCAGUUGACUUGAUUGAAGAACAAAUUCGAGUAGCUAUGGGAGAGAAACUCCGCUACAAACAGGAAGAUAUAGUGCUUAAAGGACAUUCAAUUGAAUGCCGAAUCAACGCAGAAGAUGCAUUCAAAGGAUUCCGACCUGGGCCUGGGAAAAUUACCAGUUACUUGCCUGCUGGAGGACCAUUUGUGAGGAUGGAUAGCCAUGUUUAUCCUGGUUAUGUUGUUCCGCCAAGUUAUGAUUCUCUACUUGGCAAGCUGAUCGUUUGGGCUCCCACUCGAGAGAAAGCCAUUGCGCGUAUGAAGAGGGCUCUUGAUGAUACAAUUAUUACAGGGGUCCCCACAACUAUUGAAUACCAUAAACUUAUUCUUGAUAUCGAGGAUUUUAAAAACGGAAAAGUAGAUACUGCUUUCAUUCCAAAGCAUGAACAGGAGCUCGCAGAGCCCCAAAAGAUUGUUGCUGCAACUCCUGCCAAAGAAGUGACUGGUGCAACUUCGUAGAUGCCAAUUCGGUUAGGCACUGAUCUGCUCUGUAACUACAUAUAUAGAAUUACCUUUCUGGCUUUCUGUGAUCUGAAUGAAUAAUUUCUCCAAAUGACGCAACAAAGAAAGGCAAGAAAUCCAGUUGGAAGGAAUUGGCCAUUCAACCUCAACAUUUAGUCCCCCCCCCCCUCCCCUCCCCAUGAAAAACAGAGAAGAAACUUUACUUACAAGCUCACCUGUAUUUUAUUGUAUUAUGGGCGAGAGUGAUUAUGAGUUUAGAAAUGAAGCGGAAGGUUCGUCGAUGACUGAACAGUAACAUCAGUGGAUGAAAAGUUGCGCCUGGAAGUGUGAAUGUCUUUGAAUUUUGUCAAAUGUUUUGUUUCUUUAUCUUUAAAAGAAUGGGAAUAUGCAUGUUUAUUGUAAUAAUUUUUUGCAUUACAAACUUCAUGAUGUACUUUGUUUUAUUAAGAUGCAACACUUCCCUUA